AGGGACGUGAUCGCAAGCCUUGCUCGUGCACACACACACCCUCUCACGCGUGUAUGGUGAUGGAGGCAGAGCAGAGGGGCGUGUGAGACUGCAGCAGCAUCCUUGCUUUCCGUUUUAACGCGUGCAGAGCGAUCUUUUCCUCUUGCGCUCCAAAAAGCUGAAGCCGGCAUGUUUUGCUUCUGCCUGCAGGGCUCGUUGAUGAAGCUCCAGACGCUGGACGGAGACUCCAGUCCUUCCUCAGACCCCUCUCCCGAAGAAAGUCCACCCAUCCUGGGAUUUAAAGAUGAAAUCCUGCUUCCUUCGUGCAAUGGCGUUGGGGACCAGCACAGCUCACCUGACUGUAGGCUGGCAGAGGGUGACUGUAGCGCUGAUCUCCAGCAGAGCCCGGGGCCCAGUCGACUCAUCCAGCACAUCACAGACGACAACAGCCCCCUGCCCUCCCCGCGCUGCUCCAGCCUCAGCCAGAGCCAACGCUUCAACACAGACCCAGAAUCUGCCCCGUCUCCACCCUGCACACAGCACCUCAUCAUGGCUCGUGGUCUUCUUAGAGCAGAGGUUUCUGGAGACGCUAAAGACGCUGCUUCCAUCACACUCCUCACCAAACACAUCCAAACCCUCAAGAGGAAAAUACGCAAGUUUGAGGAACACUUUGAGCAGGAGAUGCACUAUAAGCCUUCACAUAAUGAUAAAUCAGCCAAUCCAGAGAUGCUGAGACUCAUGAGUGAACUAGCCAGAUCACGCAAGCAGCUCAAAGAUCUGAAGUUGAGGCAGUCAGUGGAGGAGUCGCGGCGUCCUGAAAACAUCCCAACCACAGACAUCUGCAGGUACACCAGCAUCCAGCAGGAGGCACCAGAACACCACCAGCAGCAGCAGCAGCAGCAGCACAAACCCUGUUUGGAGGAGACGGUGGACGCUUUACUCAAACGACUGCGGGACAAACGCCAGGCUCUCGGCCUCCCAGACAACAUGAAGGAGAUGACCCAAAGACAGAUGGCCCUGGAGAAGAUCACGCUGCAGAAAUGCCUGCUGUAUUUUGAGAGCUUGCACGGCAGACCGGGCACCAAACAAGAGAGAAACCUGGUGAAACCGCUGUAUGAUAGAUAUCAGAUGGUGAAACAUCUCCUGUGUGCAAUUCCUACUAUUACUACUAUAGAAGAAGAAGAAGGCUCAGAUGAUGACUCUGUGCGCUACACUCCUCCGCCAAUGUAUCUCACUGAUAAGAGUGGCUGUGGGGAAGAGGAGGGCGACAGUGACACGGCCUUUGUUUCUCCACUGGAUGAGAUCAAGACCGUCAGACAUUCUGCCAUGACCAUGUCCAACCUCCACGAGGCCUCCAGGUCUGAGUUGCUGGAGUGUUUGCGUGAGACUCGAGCCGAGAAGAGAAGACGACGUAAAGCCAUCAGAGAGUUUGAAGAGCAGUUCGUCAGACAGAUGGGAAGAACCGCUCAAAAAGAUGACCGUAUCCCUAUGGCUGAGGAGUACCAGGAGUACAAAAGUCUCAAAGCCAAAUUACGCUUACUGGAAGUGUUGCUGAGCAAACAGGAAACCACAUAAGACUAACUGAGUU